UAUGGCGGAAGAACGAUGGAGUUUUUGUAUUGCUGACAAAAGAGAAAUUUGGUGCUCGUCCGGUGAAAUGCUCACCUAGAUUUACUUGUGACCGUGUUAUAUUAAAUGCGUUUUCCGCUUAUGGAAGGUGUUCGUCUCGCUUUCAGAUCUGGUGCGUGGAAACCAACUAGAAAGGAAUGGCUACUAGGGACAUCUUGUUUGCAGACAGAAGAGAAAGAAAGAAUAAUGAAUUUUGUCUUCAAGAAAGAUGCUAAAUCAGCUCUGAUUGGAAGACUUCUAAUGAGAAAAGUGAUCAGUGACUUUACAAAGAUUCCUUAUAAUGAGGUGAUACUGAAAAGAACAGAGAAGGGAAAGCCUUUCUUGGCCAAUGAUCCUAUGGAACCAUCACAGAGAAAGUUUAACUUCAACAUAUCACAUCAGGGAGACUUCACCGUGUUAGCUGCAGAGCCUGAAUCGCAAGUUGGUGUUGAUGUAAUGAAAACAACAUACCCAUCUUCUUCUACUGUGCCUGGAUUUUUUCACACCAUGCGUAAGCAGUUUACUGGAUAUGAAUGGCAAACAAUCAAAUCUCAGCCUUCCGAAUGGAAUCAACUGCAGAUGUUUUACAGACACUGGUGUCUGAAAGAAAGUUACGUAAAAGCUACAGGGACUGGUAUAGGACGUGAUUUACAGUCUGUUGAAUUCCAGAUAAAUACCAAAGAGCUGUCUCCUCAGAAUGUGACAUCCGAUACAAAUUUUUUCCUUGAUGAAGACGAAAUGGACGGAUGGCUGUUUGAAGAAACCAAACUCGAUGACUUGCACCAAGUGGCAGUCGCUUUAGGUCCUUCACAUACAACCUACAAGGAAACAAGAUCAGGGUUUUCCACUUUUAAGAUACUUCAGUUUGAUGAUAUCGUGUCUUCAGCUAUUCCGCUGUUUCCAGAAGUUGAAUCAGAUUGGAUCGAGUUUCAGGCAAAGAAAGAAAAGUCUUAGUGAUGGAUAACACUGAUAAAACAUACAGAUCGUGGACGACUUUGUGAACUGCAUAGCGCUGAAAUAGACCAAUUCUCUUCAACGCUUUACAAGACUAUUUAAAACGAAUGUAAACUAAGAGAAAUUGAACAAAGUAAUGAUGUCUUUACAAAAAAAAUACUAUUAUCCUUUUAAAGCUUCAUCGCUGAGCGACACAAGUAUAAAUAUCCAAUUUAAGAUGUCUAACUGGAUUAUAUUUGUGACAUACCAUGAAGUAGCUGGGCUAGGUGGUGGUAUAACCAUGUGUUGGGUUCGGCUAAUUGAAAUAUUUAGACUGUAUGUUCAACUUUCAAUGGAAACCCAUAAAGGGAAACGGGAGCUGAAAAUUCACAGAUGAGGGUUGUCCGAGCUUGCGUAGUAUAUGUACACUUGGUCUGCUGCUCUGCUUCAAUAUUAAAACCAACCUUGAAAGAGAA